AUGGAGGAUCCCAAACCACACCCCAGUUGUGGGGUCAGAGGAAAAAGGGUCUUUGGUUUGUGGAGGAGGAUCUGGGUACAUUUUGAUGCUGGCAUGACUGCCAUCCGCCCCCCAGUCUGGGGACCUCCAGAAUUGUCAAUAAAAAUUUUGGAAAAAAAAAAUCUGUUCUUAUCAGGGGAGGUGGUGCACCGCUCAGACGAGCAGCAGCACUAUUUCAACACGCCCUUCCAGCUGUCCAUCGCCCCCCCUGAGGCCGAGGGAGCCGUUCUCAGUGACAGCCCCGAUGCAGCAGACAGCUCCUCCUUUGACGUGCAGCUGGGUGACAUCAUCCUCACCGCCACUGACGGGCUGUUUGACAACAUGCCUGAUUAUAUGAUCCUGCAGGAGCUUAAGAAGCUGAAGAACUCAAACUACGAGAGCAUUCAGCAGACGGCCCGCAGCAUCGCAGAACAAGCCCAUGUGCUGGCAUACGACCCCAACUACAUGUCCCCUUUUGCACAGUAUGCCUGUGAUUAUGGGCUGAAUGUGAGAGGAGGAAAGCCAGAUGACAUCACAGUAUUGCUGUCCAUUGUGGCAGAAUACACCGACUAGACGUGGAGGAGGACGUCUGCCUCCUUAAGAGAUGAGCUGCCUUCAGUCCUGCUGGUCAGGCUGUAACAGCUGAUGCUUCCAGUACAUCCGCAGGAUUCAGUCGCUCAUCCCAGAGACGACCAGCAUCUGGUUCCUUUUGCAUUGCAGACCUGUGUGCUGCGGUCCAUCAGGUCUGCAGGAGAGGAGCGUGAGUGGUGCUCCUGAGGGGCAUCAGGGGUCCGAGCCAGCAGAAGAGAACAGGACUUGGUCUGUCAUGUGUGUGACGGGAGGGUGCAGAGUUGGUAAAGCAGCGUGUUUGUCAUUGUUGAGUUUUUGGAAGACAACACAGUUGAAGCUGUUCCCAGCAGUUGGGUUGUCUUAAACAAUGGGGUGAGUUUGUUGUUUUUUGAACAUGCAGUUUAUGCAGAAAUUCCUGUGGCUAUGUGUCUGUGUAAACUUGGUUGAAAACUAAUCUCUUUUCCAAAAUCUUAGGUGCAUUAUUGUUAACUCAUUCACUGCCAGACGUUCCUGAUCAGUAAAGCCCUUUGCUGCCAGCAAUGUUCAAAAUUUGGAUUUAAAAUGAUGACUUUUGUCGUCAAUGGCAGUGAAUGAGUUAAUAAAUAGUUUUUUAAGCAUGUUCAUUGUGCCUUUUUUCAGUGUUUAUGGCGCAUGUGUUCAUUACAUUCGUGUUUAUUAACUCAUUCACUUCCAGACAUUUCCCGAUAAGUAAAGCCUUUUGCUGCCAGCAAUUUUCAAAGUUUGGAUUUAAAAUGAUGACUUUUGUCGUCAAUGAAAGUGAAUGAGUUAAUAAAUUGGUUUUUAAGCAUGUUCAUUGCGCCUUUGUUCAGUGUUUAUGGCGCAUGUGUUCAUUACAUUCGUGUUUAUUAACUCAUUCACUUCCAGACGUUCCCGAUAAGUAAAGCCCUUUGCUGCCAGCAAUUUUCAAAGUUUGGAUUUAAAAUGAUGACUUUUGUCGUCAAUGGCAGUGAAUGAGUUAAUAAAUUGGUUUUUUUAAGCAUGUUCAUUGCGCCUUUGUUCAGUGUUUAUGGCGCAUGUGUUCAUUACAUUCGUGUUUAUUAACUCAUUCACUUCCAGACAUUUCCCGAUAAGUAAAGCCCUUUGCUGCCAGCAAUUUUCAAAGUUUGGAUUUAAAAUGAUGACUUUUGUCGUCAAUGGCAGUGAAUGAGUUCAUAAAUAGUUUUUUAAGCAUGUUCAUUGCGCCUUUGUUCAGUGUUUAUGGCGCAUGUGUUCAUUACAUUCGUGUUUAUUAACUCAUUCACUUCCAGACAUUUCCCGAUAAGUAAAGCCCUUUGCUGCCAGCAAUUUUCAAAGUUUGGAUUUAAAAUGACGACUUUUGUCGUCAAUGGCAGUGAAUGAGUUAAUAAAUAGUUUUUUAAGCAUGUUCAUUGCGCCUUUGUUCAGUGUUUAUGGUGCAUGUGUUCAUUACAUUAGUGUUUAUUAACUCAUUCACUACCAGACGUUCCUGGUCAGUAAAGCCCUUUGCUGCCAGCAAUUUAAAAAAUUUGGAUUUAAAAUGACGACUUUUGUCGUCAAUGGCAGUGAAUGAGUUAAUGGACAGCAAACAAAACCACAUUCAGGAUCCGAAAUUUGGAACAUCCAUCUCCUGAUUGGACUCAACUAGGGCUGCACGAUAUUAGGAAAACCUGCGAUAUUCGAUAACAGUGCUUAAUAUUGCGAUAUCGAUAUUACUCGCGAUAAAUGAACAAAUACUAAAGUAUGCAGUGUUGAUGUCGUCUGGCGUGUGACGUCUGCUCUGGGUUCAAAGCAAACAAAAACUAAUGCAUGAAUUCCAUUACAACAUAACAUUUUUAUUGCAAAAACAUGCAGCUGCA